AGCACACACACAAACGCACACACAUUGAGUGUGUGAGAGAAAGAGAGAGAGUUGAGUUCGCCGCCGGGUUUCCGUGCGCGGAAUGAGUGAACCGGAGCGCAUGUGCACGGAUGUUUUAACGGUAUGACGGCGGGUCUCUGGAGCUGUAGCUGAAGGAUCAGAGCCGGAGAGAGAGAGAGAGAGAGAGAGAGAGAGAUCAUGCGGGGUCCUGCGCUCCGGCUGCUGGGACUCGUGUGGCACCUCUCCGCGCUUUUACGCAUCGCGCACCCGCACAAACUGCACCCCAAACAAGAGAGCUUCAUUGGCCAGCUGUCAGCGUAUGAGAUCAUCACACCGGUGCGACUGAAUGAGUUUGGAGAGUCCUUCCCGCACCGGCUGCACUACCGCAGGAGGAAGCGCAGCUCUGACGCCCAGCUCUCAGGUGUGAGGGCUCAGUACCGCAUCCAGGCGUUCGGUCAGAGCUUUCAUCUCAACCUCACGGCUGAUUCUGGAUUUAUCGCUCCGUCCUACACGGUGGAUCAUCUGGGAGAAGAAGAGCAUCGGGACGCAGACCUUCGACACUGUUUCUUUAAAGGACACGUGAACGCUCAACAGGAACAUCGGGCCGUCUUCAGUCUGUGCGCUGGACUCGCGGGUACGUUCACCACACGCAGCGGUCAGUUCUUCCUCGAGCCCCUGAUGAGCGCUGACGGAGAAUAUGAGGACGAACAUAACAAACCUCACCUCAUCUACAAACACGACGCGCACAGGAAGUCACCUGAUGUGCACAGGAAGUCACCUGAUGUGCACAGGAAGUCACCUGACGCGCAGCCAUGCACGACCUCAGAACAUCAUGCCAGCACACGCGUCAGUCUCCAUAGCAACAGAACUCUCAAAGAGGAAGUGACAUCGUUACAGGAAACCCUUCACAAGCGCACCGCCCACUCCAAAGAUGAUCCCAGCGAUGCUCAUUCCCGUAAGAAACGCUUCCUGUCGUACCCGCGCUUCGUUGAGCUGAUGGUGACGGCCGAUGUGAAGAUGGUGAGACAUCACGGACGGAACCUGGAGCACUACAUACUCACUAUCAUGUCCGUAGUUGCUGCGAUCUACCGAGACCCCAGUGUGGGAAACCUCAUAAACAUCAUGAUUGUCAAACUCAUCGUCAUACACAACGAGCAGGAAGGGCCGAACGUAAGCUUCUACGCCACCUCGACGCUGCAUAACUUCUGCGUCUGGCAACAGAGUCACAACGCUUUAGACGACGGUCACCCCGACCACCACGACACCGCACUUCUCAUAACCAGGGAGGACAUCUGCCGAGCGAAAGACAAGUGCGACACGUUAGGUCUGGCGGAGUUGGGGACGAUGUGUGACCCCUACCGCAGCUGCUCCAUCAGCGAGGAGAACGGACUGAGCGCAUCCUUCACCAUCGCUCAUGAACUCGGUCACGUGUUCAACAUGCCUCAUGAUGACAGUCCGAAGUGUCGUGAGUCUGGUGUCAAGCAUCAGUAUCACGUCAUGGCUCCGACGCUCAACUACGACACCAGUCCGUGGUCCUGGUCCACAUGCAGCCGCAAACACAUCACUGAUUUCCUCGAUACGGGUUAUGGUGAAUGUCUCUUGGACGAGCCUCCGGGCAGAACGUAUAAUCUUCCCGCUCAGCUCCCGGGUCAACUCUACGACGCCAACCGACAGUGUGAACUCAUGUUCGGCCCCGGAUCACAAGUCUGUCCGUUUAUGAAACAGUGCAAGCGUCUGUGGUGCACCAGCGCGGAGGGAGAUCACAAAGGCUGUCGUACACAGCACAUGCCCCUCGCGGACGGAUCUGACUGCGGUUAUGGGAUGUAUUGCAGGCAUGGGAUGUGUGUGAAUAAGGAAGUGGAUAUGAAGCCUGUUCAUGGUGAGUGGGGUCCGUGGGGUCCGUACAGUGUUUGUUCCAGAACCUGUGGAGGAGGAACACGCAGCACAACCAGAGACUGCAAUAAACCUGAGCCGAGAAACGGAGGUGGUUUUUGUGUGGGUCGCCGGAUGAAGUUUCGCUCGUGCAACACAGACCCGUGUCCUCGAGGACAGAGAGACUUCAGAGAGGAACAGUGUGCACACUUCGACGGGAAGCACUUCAACAUCAACGGCCUGCCACCGUCUGUGCGCUGGGUGCCUAAAUACAGCGGCAUUCUGAUGAAGGACCGAUGCAAGCUCUUCUGUCGUGUUGCCGGGACGAUGGCGUACUAUCAGCUGAGGGAUCGAGUCGUAGACGGAACGCCGUGUGGACCGGACACAUACGACAUCUGUGUUCAAGGCCUCUGUCGGCAAGCAGGUUGCGAUCACAUUUUAAACUCCAAGGCCAGAAAUGAUAAAUGUGGUGUUUGUGGUGGUGAUAAUUCCUCCUGUAAGACGCUGGCGGGAACCUUCAACAACGCACAGUAUGGUUAUAAUGUUGUGGUUCGGAUUCCUGCCGGGGCGACGAACAUUGACAUUAAGCAGGUCAGCUACUCGGGGUCACCAGAUGAUGAUAACUACCUCGCUCUGUCUGACGGACACUCCAACUUUCUUCUCAAUGGGAAUUUCGUGGUGUCCAUGUUUAAAAGGGAAAUGACGUUUAAAGGAGCUGAAAUCGAGUACAGCGGCUCAAACACGACGGUGGAGCGCAUCAACUGCACACAACGCAUCGAGGACGAGCUCGUGCUACAGGUUUUGUGUGUGGGAAAUCUGUACAAUCCAGACGUGAGAUAUUCCUUCAGCGUUCCUGUUGAAACCGAGCGAGAAGCGUUUGUGUGGGACGCGUCCGGUCCCUGGCAGGAGUGCACUCGCAUGUGUCAGGGAGAGCGUCGUCGGAAGGCCGUGUGUGUUCGUAAGAGUGAUCAUUUAGUGGUUUCUGAGCAGAGGUGUGAGUAUCUGCCUCGACCCCGCGGCACAACAGAGUCCUGUAACGCACACUGUGAACUCAGGUGGCAUAUAGCGGGCAGGAGCGAUUGUUCCAGUAAGUGUGGCCCCGGGCACCGUACGCUAGACGUGUUGUGUAUGCGCUACAGUCAGAACAAGAGGCAGAGUGAGCGUGUGGAGGGCAGAGCCUGCGCAGAUCUGCCCAAACACCAGAGCAGAGAGGUUUGUCAUGGAGACUGUCUGCUGAAGAGCUGGCAGUACAGCGCCUGGGCUCAGUGCUCCAGAACCUGUGGUCAAGGCGUCAGGUCACGACAGGCCUUCUGUAUGAAUAAUCUGGGCCGCAGGCUGGUGGACAGAGAGUGUCAUGAACAGCAGAGGAUUCUCACAGAACCCUGUAAUGAUGUGUCAUGUCCUGAUUGGUCCACAGGAAAGUGGAGUGAGUGUUUAGUGACCUGUGGUAAAGGUGUCAGACACAGGCAGGUGCUUUGCAUUCUGGGAGAUGAGAAAGUAAGCGAGGAGCGCUGUGAUGUCAGCACUAAACCGUCAUCUGUGGACAGCUGUGACCUUUCAGAAUGUGCGUCCUGGCAGGUCGGAGUCUGGAGUCCGUGUACAGUGAGCUGUGGGCAGGGAUAUCAGAUGAGAGCCGUCCGGUGUGUGUCAGGAGAUUAUCCACAGACGCUGGACGAUAGAGAGUGUAACGCAGCCACCAGACCCCGAGACAGCCAGGACUGUGAGAUGUCAGCUUGUCCUCGCACAGCAUCGGUUUUAAACACACCUGCACCAGCAGAAGCCAGUCACAUAGAAACACAGUGGAGAUACGGCUCAUGGACCACAUGCUCAGUGUCGUGCGGUGAAGGUCGGAGAGGACGUUACGUCAGCUGUAGAGAUGCUCAGGGGGGCGUCGCCGAUGAGUCUAACUGCGCUCACCUGCCACGCCCCCCUGACUCCUCAAGCUGCUUCAGCCCCUGCGGCCAAUGGAGAGACAGCGAGUGGUCCUCGUGUUCAGUGACGUGCGGUGUGGGUCGCUCCACGAGACGGGCGGUGUGUAUGAACUAUCAUCAUCAGGUGGACGAGUCUUUCUGUCACCCGGAUGACAAGCCCAACACCGAGCAGGAGUGUGCCGUCGCCCCCUGUCAAUCAUCCUAUCAGUGGCCCAAUAACCAGCCGUAUUUGCCCCGCGACCCCGGCAGUCACCCCGGACAUCACAGCUGGAACGUCCCAUCAGCCGACAACCAGUGGAGGACGGGACCCUGGGGAGCGUGUUCCAGCACGUGUGACGGGGGCUUUCAGAGGAGGGUGGUGGUCUGUCAGGACGCAGACGGACGCAGCACAAAUUACUGCGACGAGAGACUCAAACCCAGCCAAUCAAAGAACUGCAACUCUGGACCCUGUCCACACUGGAACUACGGCGUCUGGGGAGAGUGCACACAGUCGUGCGGCGGCGGUCAGCGGACGAGGCUGGUGGUGUGUCAGCUUCCGAGCGGUCAGAGGUUAACUGAACACAACUGUGAUGUGCUGGUCAAACCACCUGAUGGGGAGCCGUGUAACACCAGGUCCUGCCCUGGCACCGCUUCCUGGCACAGACAAGCAUGGCAGCCGUGCUCCGUGUCGUGUGGCAAAGGAGUGAAAGAGAGAGAGAUGAUGUGCGUUGAUCAGAACCAAACCCAGAUCGAUGAUGAGAGCUGUGUUCAUCUGAAGAGACCCAGAACACAGAAGACCUGUCGAGCCGGACCCUGUCCCACCUGGACCACCAGUCAGUGGGGAGCGUGUAACGUGAGCUGUGGACAGGGUGUGAGGUUCAGACCGGUCUUCUGUGUGGACAGAGACAUGAAUGUGGUUUCUGACCGUUUGUGUGACGCUUCUAAGCAACCGGACACACACGCGAGCUGUCACAGCGCCCCCUGUCAGCACAUGUGGAUCACUACACACUGGAGUCAGUGUUCGGUGUCGUGUGGUUUUGGACUUCAGCGUCGGGAGGUCUUGUGUUCUGUCGUGCCCUUUGACCUCACUCGGGGCUCUUUCAGUGCACAGUGGUAUUCUCAGACGUCUGAAUGUCGUGACCCCCCGCCGGCCGACACGCGGCCCUGUCAGGUCUCCGUGUGUCCGUCAGCUGUGUACUGGAAGCUGGGCCCGUGGAGCGAGUGCUCUCAGACGUGUGGAGCUGGAGUGAUGGAGAGGAGGGUGGAGUGUGUGAACGCUGAUGAUGUCACAUCUCACGCGUGUUCACCGUCCACACGGCCCGAGGCUCACGCUACCUGCAGACCGACAGACUGUGAACUUCACACGAGCUGCAGAGAGCUCCAGAUGAAGGGAGGCAUCAGGAAAGAUGGAGAACAUUUUCUUCAAGUCAGAUCUAAAAUCCUUCAGAUUUACUGUGAUGAAAUGCACACCAGCCACCCGAAAGAGUACGUGACCCUGCGCAGCCGCCAAACAGACAAUUACUCCGAGAUCUAUGGGUACAGGCUUCAGAACCCGUUUGAAUGUCCGUAUAACGGCAGCAGGACACAAGACUGCGUCUGCAGGAAGGAUUAUUCUGCCGCCGGUUACACCGUCUUCCAGAGAGUGCGUCUGGACCUUUCAAUGAUGCGUGUCAUCACGACUGAUGUGAAGUUCAGUCGGACACUGUUCGGUCGCUCCGUCCCGUUUGCUUCCGCUGGAGAUUGUUACAGCGCUGCUAAAUGUCCUCAGGGUCAGUUUAGCAUUAAUCUGGCCGGCACAGGGUUAAAGGUCGCAGGUGCCACGAAAUGGGUUUCUCAGGGCAACUACGUGACACUGAAGGUUCAUCGAUCACAGGACGGCAGCAGAAUCUACGGCCGCUGCGGAGGUUUCUGUGGUAAAUGUCUCCCUCAUCCUCACACCGGUCUUCUCGUCCACCUUUAGUCAGUCUGUCCUCCAGAUCAUGUCACUGAAACUGUGAGUCUGCGAGAAGAACAGGGCUGCAGGAUGAAUUCAGACUGCAAGGGAUUGUGGGUCAAAUAUUUGUUGUGUUUACGUUGGCCUGAGCCGUGUUUGGUUUCAUCAGGCAACAUUCAGAAAACUGUUUUGUUGGGGCGUGAACUCUCACAAACUGCUCCACGGGAAUACCGCGGUACCGAGUAAUAACCGAAUUCACAUACCUGCCGCUGAUUUGUAGAUUAAGUACAACGUUUAUUCAACAUGAUGAAAAACUAAACUACUGAAGACGUUUGUCCCACACGGACAAAAAAGAUCUGAUGAGAGAUUUUCAGAGAAGAUCUGAUGUUACGGCAGACAGCUCGACAUGAGCGUGUAAAUACUCAAAUGUGUAUAUUUGCAUAUCGUAACAGAGUCGGAUCUGAAAACAGACGCUCAGAGACACAGACGUCUCUAAUGAAAAUUCAUUUCUCUUUCUCAGAUUCGUUUUACUACAAAUACCCUGGUAAAACUGUAGUACGCAUGUACUGUAGUAAAGCUAUGGUGCUAAAAACAAACACAACGAUAGCAGAUGCUUCUCGCUCACUAAACUGAUUUAAAGAAAUAACAAGAAUCACUAACAUGACAGCUGAAACCACACGAAGGUUUUACUGGUUUUAGGAAAACCCCUGACGGAGACCAGUUAAGACCAGUCCAGUAGUUUUUGUUUGUUCGAUGUUUUUCUCAGCAUGAUAAUAUCGCUCGUGUAGAAUAUCGUAAACCGCCCCACUUCAUGAUGUUCGGAUGAGCAUCACGUCGGUUUUGUUGGAAGGGAAGAUGAUCGUAUUCUACCUCUCAUGUUCGUGUGUUUGAUUUGUUGAUUUACGUUUAACAGUAUUUAUUCUUUAGGGAAAUGAGCAUACAUGAUAUUCUUAUAACACUUAGAAUCUAUGAAGAGCGUAACGGUGCUAUUUGGAUGUCAUGCUGGAAUGACUUGUUUUUAACAAAUGUACCUUCCUGUAAAUACGUAUCUGAAUGUUUGUUUUUAGCACGUGUAAUGUAUUGUACAUCAUAUUUUAACCAAUCAGAUAUCUCCAAAUGUCUUCCUGAUUACUCUUGGGUUUAUAUUUGCGGCCAAAGUAUCCACAUGUUUACUGUACGAUCAUAUACAGUAUAACCUGAAGAUGAUUGACAGAUGACGAGCAGCUAACGACAAACCUUUGACUAUCAUUGUGUUGAUAGACGACUGAACUAUGAGCUCUGUAUCAGAAAUAAACUGAACACACAUAUAUAUAUAUAUAUAUAGAAAUAUAAAUGCACUGUGUGCCGGGAAUCACGUGAUGUUUGUAUAUUAACAGUGAAUGUUUAUAUUUUAAUAUUCUUACUUGAAGUGCAAAGAUUGAGUGGUUUUGCAUCUUGGUGGAGUUAAAAACAGAAUCCACAUAUUAUCCAAAGAUAUUUUAUUUAGAGCUAUUUACUCAUGAUGUAGUGUUUUUAUAAGAAAUCAUGAUCGGUGGUGCUACAAUUAUAAACAAAUGAAUGUCAUUAAAGUUUCGCAUGUGUUACACAGUGCUGAACUAGCUUGAUCACUGAAUGAUAAUAAAAUGAUGGGAUGAUGUUUAUUUUGCUUUGUUUGGACAUUUUCCCCAAAAAACAUUUCAUGUGAAAUGAUGUUGCUCGUUUUGAUUUUUUUUCUGAGUUUUCAAGUGCAAGAAUUUCCACAGUUAUUUCAUUUUGACAGCUGAGGACAAUACACACAGUUUAAUAUGUUCGUAUGCGCAGCGU